AGUUAUUACUGCCAACAUGGCAGAUCGAAUCAACCAGUGGAACGAUCUCAUCAAAAACCAUUCCUGGAUUCCUAUGCUAGAAGAGGCAAUACAGAACUUGCCAAAUCUACAUACAGUCAUGAUCCAUGACGAGCGAGACCCAAAGGCAGGGCCCUUCUACGGGAGGAAAGAUAUUGGCCCCUUCCAACACCCACAUUGUAUACUUUCGAAGAUAUUGGCCGAGAAUGCGAUUGCCAUUCAGAACUACUGUCUAGACUUUGAGCUCGGUUCUGCCGCAGAGUGGUAUCGCGCACAGAAAUCUCUUCAGGCACUUUCGCUAGCAAAUCCUGUGACACUUCGCAAGCUAUCCGUUUGCAUGGACGUAUUCACGGAGCAUUGGACGAACCCAGGGCAUUAUUCCGACUCAUUCUCGCCUGUCUUUCCAGCUGUCGAAGAGCUCCACCUAUACCAUCGAAAUCUAUCCACCACGCCGGUCGUGGUCCUUAACAAGUUCAAGCGCAUUAUUGAGGCCGAUGGUAUACCAGGACUAAAGGUCUUACGUCUAGAAAACGUGCGUAUGCCCCAUUUGGAUGCCACACAGGUUUGCUUCCUCAGGUCUUGUGAAACUAUCAUACUCAACGAGAUCGCUUUCUCCACCGUCGUUGACCUUCGCGGGUGUCUCCAGCUGCUAUCUGAUUCGGCCUCCGUAAAACAUAUCUGGCUUGAUCACUUGUACGCUUUCACCCCCUGGGUCCCAUUCUUCAAGAACCGCGAAUCGGUAGAAGAAGGCCAAUUUCACAGCAAUUCUCGCCAUCCUUUCGACUUCAGCGGGGUAGAAGACGAAAUCAAGAGACGAACCAUGCGCGCUGGCAAGAUCCUACGCUGGGGAAAGCCACCUAGUCGUGUCAGCUCGACUUGGGAAGGGGGGGUGUCAAAAGAUUUUAUCCAAGAUCAUUCUUGCUUGCUCUUUGGUUCGAGCAGACCGGUUGAGAUGUGAGGGACUACGCUUAAAUAUUGAAGCUUUUCUACAAUCGCUAGCGCACAUGAGGCCUUAUAGCAAGUUAUAGGUCUUCGAGUUUUGGGGGAUGUUUCUUAGUUGUGUUGUUUCGUCCUGUCUUUAUAAACCGAUAUGUGUAGUUAAACCAAAUACAAUCUUGAC